AUGUCACUAACAGUGUCAGAGUUGUCUUUUCUUCGAUUGUUAGAACGAACGAAAAAGCUAGCCAGGGAAGACCUGGCUGCGAAUGUGUGGAAAAAAUCCGCUGAAGAGAAACUUUCCCAACUGGACCUCAUUCCACGGCGCUUCCCGGAUACUGGUAUUGAGAUGCGAACUGGUCAAUCUAUGACCGCAUCAUCCGAUGAUCUGAUGAAACAGGAGGAGAAACAAGAAAAUAUCGCCAAUGAACUUCUAUCACUUACUCGUUCACUAAAACAGAACAUGACUGUCGCUGGAAACGUGCUGAAAGACGAUAACAAGGUACGUUUAUAG